GGAGCUGGCGCGCAGGUCGCAUGGGGGAGUCUAUCCCGCUAGCCGCCCCGGUGCCGGUGGAACAGGCGGUGCUGGAGACGUUCUUCUCUCACCUGGGUAUCUUCUCUUACGACAAGGCCAAGGACAAUGUGGAGAAGGAACGAGAGGCCAACAAGAGCGCGGGGGGCAGCUGGCUGUCGCUGCUGGCGGCCUUGGCGCACCUGGCCGCGGCCGAGAAGGUCUAUCACAGCCUCACCUACCUGGGGCAGAAACUAGGGGGCCAGUCGUUCUUCAGCAGGAAAGACUCCAUCCGCACCAUCUACACUUCCCUGCAUAACGAACUGAAGAAAGUGGUGGCCGGCCGCGGAGCCCCGGGCGGAACGGCUCCUCACGUGGAGGAACUUCUCCCCCACCUGUCAGAGCAGCUCUGUUUCUUUGUUCAGGCUCGGAUGGAGAUCGCAGACUUCUACGAGAAGAUGUACGCCCUCAGCACACAGAAGUUCAUCAACACGGAAGAGCUGGUCAGCACCUUGGAUACCAUCCUCAGGAAGUACAGCUCCAGAUUUCACCACCCCAUCCUCAGCCCUCUGGAGAGCAGUUUCCAGCUGGAAGUGGGCGUGCUGAGUCAUCUCCUCAAGGCGCAGGCCCAGAUCUCAGAGUGGAAGUUCCUCCCGUCCCUGGUUACCUUGCACAGUGCUCACACGAAGCUUCAGAGCUGGGGCCAGACCUUUGAGAAGCAACGGGAGACCAAGAAGCACCUGUUCGGAGGACAGUCUCAGAAGGCCGUGCAGCCGCCACACCUUUUCCUCUGGCUGAUGAAACUCAAGACCAUGCUCUUGGCCAAGUUCAGCUUUUACUUCCACGAGGCGCUGAGCCGACAGACGACCGCCUCCGAAAUGAAAGCGCUGACGGCCAAGGCCAGCCCGGACCUCUUUGGAAAGAUCUCCAGUUUUAUCAGGAAAUACGACGCUGCCAACGUGUCCUUAAUUUUUGACAACCGGGGCUCAGAGAGCUUUCAGGGUCAUGGCUACCACCACCCACAUUCCUACCGAGAGGCCCCCAAGGGAGUGGACCAGUACCCAGCCGUGGUGUCUCUGCCCAGUGACAGGCCUGUCAUGCACUGGCCCAAUGUUAUCAUGAUCAUGACAGACCGAGCAUCGGACCUGAACAGCUUGGAGAAAGUGGUCCACUUCUAUGAUGACAAAGUCCAGAGCACCUACUUCCUGACCCGCCCGGAACCCCACUUCACCAUCGUCGUCAUUUUUGAGUCAAAGAAGUCUGAGAGAGACUCCCAUUUUAUUUCCUUCCUCAACGAGCUCUCGCUUGCCCUUAAGAACCCCAAAGUGUUUGCAAGUCUGAAGCCUGGAUCCAAAGGUUAGCAGGAGCUUGCCCAAGGAUUUCCAAGAUUGGAUACAUUGUUCUUAGUUGAGUAGUUUGUGAUUUGAAUUUACCUUAGCUCACGAUUCUUUCUGAGCCGAGCUAAAGACAGAACCUCCCUAAUCAUGUUGCACCAUUCAUAAGGACGAGUCUCCAAAGAGUCGUCUCAAAGAACCGCGGUGACUGAACCACCGUGGUACAGCAAAGGCGAAUCAGCAUUUUCUGAUUUCCCAGUAUUUCAUGCCAAUUGAAUAUUUGUUGGUUUCUCAUUUAUCUUUGCAGGUUUGUUGUUGUUGUUGCUGCUGCUGCUAUUCUGACCAUUGUGCCCCAGUGCGCUUCCUAGCACCUCCCCCACCCCCUCUGCCCCUGAGGAGCCACAGGGAGAAGAUGGGAUUGUUUUCAGUUUCACAAACAUUAGUAUUAACUAGUUUUACAAGAUAAAAUAAUUAGUAUACUGUAAUUAGAAUCUUGGUAAGAAAUUCGUCAGGAGGUAAAGUGGGAGAUGACGGUUGAUACUGGUCCUUACAGCAGUUUAACCAGCCACAGGUCCUUUUCAGGUUACCCUCAGCUCCAUCCACAUCAGUCUUUACCUUUAAAGGGUUUGGUAGUCACCUGUGCCAAGUCAGCCCAAGCCAUCGUUCAGACUCUCCUCACUGUGGCUUAUUGUUGCUGGCUGGAUGUCACUUCUCUGCUGAACCAGGUUUGCCUCCACACCUGUUCUUCUCAGGUUUGGAAAGCACACAGCCAUGUGCUUGUAACCGUAUCUGGGUUUCUCACACAGCACAGUUCAUUUUUAUAAAUCAAAAUGACGGAUUUAAUACUUUUUGCUUGCUACACAACUAGUUCUGCUCCAUAGUCAGGGGAUCAGCUGAGCCCCACAGCACCUCUGGGCGUGGUCUCUUGCCUUCUGGAGACGAUUGACGUUCAGAAGCAGUGCCCAGCUCCUCCACACUGGCAGCUCUGUCCUCCUCCUCCUGCGUGUUCACAGGGAAGCGGAUGGAAAGAGAUCACCAAGAAGCAUUAAGCUGUUACUGCUGCGUUUGUCUCCUGGAGCUCCUAUAAACGUUACAGUCAGGUUAAGGCUUUCCUUGUGCUUGUGUGGAGCCCCUGUCUGAUGGGGUGUCCACAGAGCGCGAGGCUCAUGCAGGGCGGUGGAGCCCCUCCCAGGCCUCCUGGUCAAGGGGGGGCCUCCUGUACAAGAGUCCACUGGCCAACUAUCUGCAUCUCCCCACUUAGACACAAACUUAAGCCAGCUGUCUUUAAACAGAGGGUAGUGAUUUACUCUGCAUUGUCUCCAGGUUAUAUACAAAUAGGAACGAAUCUUAAAAUACUGACCUUACAUUAAAAAAUUGAAAACACUUGGAAUUAAAAACCGAACCAUUUUUUUUUCUUUUUGUGUUUUGCUGAGAAACUGAAAAAUAACCCUUGGUAUGUAUUUAGGUUUUUUCCACCAUUAGCCUUAAUGAUGUGGUUCCCAAUACCUAAAAGAAGAUAUAGGCUUCAGUAGACCACGGAGGGAUGUAUAUAAAACACAUACAAAUAUGUAUUACUUAAAAUGGUCAAGUGUAUUUAUAUAUAUAUUUGAAUUGUAUAUUUAUUUUUAAACAUAUUUUGAGUAAUCUAAGAGGAAUUUACAAAGAACAGGAAGCAGAUAUGAAUAUUAAGAAAAUCUAUGGCAACAUAAACUCUUAAUUCCCUAUGCACUGUCAGUAUUGGAGGAACCUCAAAGAUUAGUUCUGACUCUUUAAUCAUUUCUCAAACUCCUCAAUAAAGUUUUUUAUAUAUA